AUGUCCGGGCAGAGCAGCCCUAGCACGGCCUCCUCUGCUUCCAUGGGGAGUGGUCACGGUGCCCAGGGUUUGCUCGUGGCCUCAGCCUGGCGGCCCGCGCUGGGCCCUUGGAACAAGUUCGGAUGCGCUCAGCCCUGCCUGCGGGCCGCCUCCCCCGCCGGGUCCGGAGCUGCCCCUCGGUUCCCCGCCUGGGAACCUCCGCAGCCCACACCCCGACCUCUGGGCACCCCGACCUCUGGGCCCGCCCCAGGGGUCUCCCGGCCCAGCCAGGGGUGGCACCACAGGCCCCCUGGGUGCCAGGGCCCCCUUCCCACCCGGGCCCAGCCGUGGGCAUCCUUCCUCCAGCCGCAGACCCCUCACCCGCCUCUGUACCCACUUCCUUCCUCAACCCUGGCCGGGCAGCUGGUCGAGGGGUGGGUGUUGGCUCCACUCAGGAAGCGUCCUGAGCCUGAUGUUUUCCCGCGCCCUGAGCGGUGCCCGCCGCCGCCGCCUUCAUCCCAGGGCGAGCAGGUGUUUCCGCACCCUCAGGGGACCUUGGAGCCUCGCAGCGGGAAUCGGAGGCCCCCGGAGGCCCCACAGCGCGGCCACAGUUUCUGUCUGUCGACUCUCAGAGAAGUUCCCACCCACCUCGGCAGGAGCUGGGCUUUGGCGUGA